AUGAGGCUCAUCAACGUCGAGUCGCUAACCCUGGAGGAGUUCAUGGCGGGCGGCGCUCAGGCACCGCCCUACGCCAUCCUGUCGCAUACCUGGGAGGACGAGGAGGUCACGUUCCAGGACUUUACCAACCCCGACCCGGAGGUGCGAUCGCGGAAACAAGGAUUUGCCAAGAUCUCGAAAACGUGCGCGUUGGCGGAGAGCGAAGGGCUCAAGUACGCCUGGGUGGACACUUGCUGCAUCGACAAGACGAGCAGCGCCGAGCUGACGGAAGCCAUCAACUCCAUGUUCCAGUGGUACCGAGACGCCAUCACCUGCUACGCUUGGCUCGCCGAUCUGCCGAGCUCCGCAGUCGUCGGCGGCCGGCCAGAGAGGUCGAGCCUGGGCGGGUGCCGGUGGUUCACGCGCGGGUGGACUCUCCAGGAGCUAAUAGCGCCUCGGGCGGUGCAGUUCUUUGAUCAGGCAUGGGUCCCGUGCGGUACCAAGGCAAGCAUCGGCGAUAUGCUUUCGGAGAUCACGAGGGUGAAGGCGAGCGUCUUGGAGGAUCCCGAGCUCCUUCCGACCCUCUCCAUCGCGGAGAGGAUGUCCUGGGCCGCUGCCCGGCAGACUACUCGGGUCGAGGACAUGGCAUACUGUCUGCUGGGGAUAUUUGACGUCAACAUGCCGAUGCUGUACGGCGAAGGACCCAGGGCCUUUCUCCGGCUACAGGAGGAAAUCGCACGCGAAAGCAACGAUCUCAGCAUAUUCGCGUGGAGAACCGCCGAGGCGAGUCGCCAGCAUUCCGGCGUCUUCGCCGCGGCCCCCACAGACUUUGCCCAGUCGGGAUCGGUUCAGCUCGCAGGCGACACCGUCUACAGCCCCGAGUUCCUCUUGACCAACAAGGGCUUGCGCAUGAACGUCAACCUCUAUUCGGGCAAGGGGGACACGUACCUCUUGAAGUUGAACUGCGAGGAGACGACAGCCAGCGGGAAGCAGCCCGUAGGCAUCUUGAUCAAGCCACAUGGCGGAGGCGUCUACAGCCGGGCGAUGCUCUCGGAGUUUGGCGUGGCGGCGGCGGAAGACGCGGGAAAGCUGCGCGAGGUGUUCCUCUUCAGGCACCUCAGCGCCGCCCAGUCCAAACGACUGGAGACGAGCGACAGCAACGCCUUUAUGCUGCGCAAGGGGCUCAACACAGCGGAGGAGACGCACUAUCCCGACUUCCCCUUCUCGACGAGCUUCGUGAUGCCCAAAGAGGAGUGGGACUCGCAGCGGCGGAUGCUCUUCACGGAGGGGGCGGCCGAGUUCUGCGGGUACGCCCUGUUCGUGAGACGCGACGGCGUGCGGCCCGACGGGGAGCUGGGUGCGGGCGCCAUGUUCCUGGUGACGUUUGGCAAGAAGGGCGACGAGGAGGCGUGGGUGUCGCUCUUUGACGUCAUGAACCACGGGGCCGUCUUCAAGGACAUGUACAACGUCACCAACACGCUCGCCGCGGUGAAGAGCCUACCGCGCAACUCGACGGUGCGGAUGAGGAACGACAUGAACCACCUGACGACCAGGGUCGGGGCCAGCAUCAAGAAGGAGACGGUGGACGGCAAAGUGGUCCAUUGCGUCGAUCUCGUGUAUCUGCAGGGGCCCGACGACGGGGGGCGACGAGGCUCCAUGUGA